UGUGCUCAGCGUGAGUGUGCACAGCGUGAGUGUGCUCAGCGUGAGUGUGCUCAGCGUGAGUGUGCACAGCGUGAGUGUGCACAGCGUGAGUGUGCACAGCGUGAGUGUGCGCUGCGCGCCGUGUUCGCCCGGCAGCGCGGCAGUGCGGAGGAGCGGUGGGCGGCGCUGUGCGGGGUGGCCCCGGCGCCGCCGCCGCCGCACGGCUACCCCCGGUUCAUGACGCACACCGGGGCCUACGUGCUGCACGGCAAACCCUACAGCCGCCUGCAGGUUCCCACGUUCGCUCCACCGCCGUCGCUGUCGGAGCCCCUCAAGGAGCUCUUCCGCAUGCAGGAGGCAGCGCGCAGAGCCCUGCGCCUGCAGCAGCUCGUCGAGAGGGAGAAGCUGGUGCUGUCGUGUGAGCAGGAGGUGCUGCGUGUGCACUGCCAGGCAGCGCGCCGUCUGGCCAAGCAGGGGCUGCCCCUAGCAGCCUACGCAGUGCUGGUGCACAGAGACCUCGCCUCGGGGGAGCGCCAGGAGGUGGAGGCGGAUGAGGAGGAGGAGGCGGAUUAUGAGGAGGAGGAGGAGGAGGAGGAGGAGGUGGUGGACGAGGAAGUGGACGACGAUGAGGACCUGGAGCGGAGUCGCCGGAGUCGCCGGCGCCGGCGACGGCGGCAGCAGCGGCAGCAGCAGCAGCGGAUCCCUUGUGUGGAGGACGUGGAGAAGAGAUAUGAGAACGUGAAGACAGCGGUGUUGAUGCGCCAGCAACAGGAGGCGGCGGCGCUGAGUGCGGUGCAGCGGCUCGAGUGGCUGGUGAGGGCCGACGAGGCGGACGGCGCCGCCCCCCGGCGCCACGCCGAGGACGUCUCGGACUUUUACGUCCCCACGGUGGACGUCAGCGACGACUUCGACCUGCUGCCCUGCUGAGUCGGCCAGCCAGUCAGUCGCCCAGCCAGUCAGUCGCUCAGUCACCCAGUCAGUCACCCAGCCAG